CAAGGAUUCGUAAGCUCCUGGAUUAAACCCGCUCUAUUUCAUCUCGCAGGUAAUUAGGGAGUCCCGCCCAGACAGGUGAUAUAUACUCGAGAAUUGGUCUUAUUUUGGAUUGAUAGGUAAUAAUACCGACUUCGACUGGUAACUGCGAUUUCCUGCAUUCUCUAAGAUGGUAGAGGCGUUUAUUUGCUUUUCGUGUAAUCUCUUCAACAUGUGUGUUCCAUUUUAGAUUAUUUUGGAACGACACGCCAAGUAAUUUAAAAACGUUAACCCUGUUGUAAGAUGCGAAUUGAGUAUAGCUCUUAAAAAUUACAAUGUAUAUGCCAAACAUGAAUAAUAUUAAAUGCGCCAUUUAUUAUAGUCCACAAAUUUAAAAUUAACUUCAAAUGCUGUGAAUUGAAUAAUUAUGUACUUUUUCUCUAGCUGUUUCGUCAAGGGAAGUUGGAUGGCGAAAAACUGGCGAAAUUAAAGUCCAUGUACACAGCCCAUCAUGAUCUCCUGCAGACCACGAGAGAAUCAGAAAGUGCUUUAUUGAGCAAAGCCAAAGAUCUACAUCAGGGAGUUGAGAAACAAAGAGGUGAACUGGAGAAAGCUGACAACUUUCCUGAAGGAGAAGUAACAGAAGUAAACAGACUACGGCAGGAUCUAUUAAAACAUUCCAAUGAACUUGCACAAGCUGAUGAAAGGCAAUACCAACUGGAUUUUAUUUUGAAUGGGUUGAAAGAGGAAAGAACCAUGUUGGAGAGGGAGUAUGCUCGUAUGCCAAAGGAAGAGGAAAUUGAGAAAGAAUUAAAAGAUGUAAAAAAGUUCAUUGAAGACAUGAAACUGGAAGUAGCGAAAAGGAAUCAGGAAACUAAGACGUUGAAGGAGGAGUUGGAGACGAGAGAUCGCGAAGUAAAACAACUUCAAAAUGAAUUUGAAAAAAGUUCUUAUGAAGAGCAGAAUUUUAAAUCACAAUUGUUAGAAGUUCACUCACAACCAGCUCAUCUGAUGAAACAAGUUGAUCUGAUGUCUAGACAAUUAAAGUAAGUUACUAAGUUGAAACAUUAUGCUGUCUAACAGCAGUAUGUUUAUGAAUUUAAUGUAGUGCUGCAAACAUUCGAUUGUGACAGAGAAAUGGCAAACUCAUGCAGCCAACUGGACGACCUUAUUUAAAAACCCGUCCACCACUUCUCCAUGUUGCCCGUCCGUUUUUUACUCAUGACGUCAUUUUUAAUGAAACAUUUCGGAAAUUACAGACUGGACAUUGAUUGUUAUAAAAGUUUAGUAUGCUAUAACUGUUAUGUAUUUAAUAGAGAGAUUGAUGAAAAACGAAAAUCAUUUGAAUCAAGCAUUUCUGAUGUAAAUAAGGAGGUAAGUAAAGAAAAGUUUGAUAAAUCUUCCUAAAUAUUACAUACACAAGUAUAGCUAUACUUAUUACCCAAACCAAUAUACACAUAAAAUCAUACAGAAGUAAAUAAUGUCCUUACAUUCAUUGAGUUAUUUCAUUUCAUAUAAGUAAUAAUAAUUUAUUAAUAAAUGGAUUUUAGACUUGUUUGCAAUGCAGUUACAAUCAGUGACAAAACACUUUGGACAAAAUAGCAAAAGAGCGUACGUUUACAACAUAAUCGACCCGCACCCCGUUCAAUGUUGUGUGUGGAACUACCUGCGCAGAAUGUUCCUUGCCAGCGACCCAACAUUGUUUAGGGCGGGGGAGGGAGGGAUAGUGUUUUAUGCUGAACAGUAUUUGGAAAUGCGGAGAUAUAAUAUUAAUAAUAAUAAUAAUAAUAAUAAUAAUAAUAAUAAUAAUAAUAAUAAUAAUAAAACGCUUUGCAGUUACAAAACUGAAUUACACGCGUAAACUAGCUAUGGUAAUGAGCUUCUAGAAAUAUUACAAAUAUAAAAUUAUCUAUUGAACAAUAUUAAAUAAAAUAAUAAAAAAAAAACCUACAAUGACUAAGAAACAUCAUGUAAUAAACUGAGAAAAACGUCAUGCAUGUAAUAAACUGAGAAAAACGUAGUCCCUUGUGUCUUAAAUUAUAACUAUGUUCACGUUCAUUAUGAAUGUUAUGCCUCAGAAUGUUAGCAAUAGGGUUAUUUGGUUGAUCGUCAGACUUCAUUUUCUCAACAAACAUCUGGCAAGUUUCUAGACCGGACCGCGUCUAAGCAUCUUCGUAAGCAAGAGAGGGAAGGAUAAUCCGUAAAUGCUCGUUUUUGAACAGACUCGAUUAAAUUUGUUAAAUUUUGGGUUAAGUCACACAGGUGAAUGCAUAUUCAAUACAAGACCUAACCAAAGAGCAAUAAAUUUUAAGAAGAGCAUGUUGAGUUAAACCACCUUUCUUUAAUUGUCUCAAAGCAUAAAGACGGGAAUUGGCUUUCUUGAUCCACGUGUCUGUUCCAGGUAAGAUCUUGCGAGAUGAUAACGCCUAAUAACUUGUAACAACAAACUCUUUCAACCGGGGAUCCAGAAAUAUAUAUGGAAUCUAUACACUGCAAGUCAUAUUUAAGGAAUGAUGCAACCAUUUCCUUACAUUUCUUUGGGUUUAACUUCAUCCCACGUGAAACAGCAAAAUCAAAAAUUUCAUUGACAACGAUGGGCAGUAUAAGCUUGGUGAGCAUCGAGGGAUGAUUUCAAGUGCUGAAGUGUCAUCGACAUACUUAAUCCUACCUUGCCAAUCUUUUAAUAGAGGGUUAACCAUGAUUGCGAAUAGUAAGGGUCCUAAGUUAGUUCCCUGUGGUAACCCUCCAUUAGUUUUCUUCCAGGAAGAUUUACAGUUUCCAACCCUAACACACUGUUCUCAGUCAGUUAAGAAUGAUUUAAUCCAGCGUAUAAUAACGGGAUGGACGCCAAGCCUUUCAAACUGAUUAAUAAUGACAUUGUGAUCAACUAAAUCAAAUCCCUUCUUUAAAUCUGCGAAGAAAACUCGAGCUGAACAAUGACCUUUGUCAAGUCCUGCAUGGAUCUGAUAAACCAACGCUUGAGUUGUUGACUUCUUGGGCAAAGAGAACUGUUUCGGAUCCAGCUUAUCUAAAACUUCUAGCAAUAGCGAUUCCAAAGUAAAUCCUUCCAUUAUUUUUGCAACUUACUUGUGCAGUGAAGGAGAUAGGACGUAGAUCUUCUUCAAUGAGCAUUGAGGAAUUAUAUAUAUCAGACAAUACAGACAAUACGUGUGAUUGUAUUGCUUGGGAAGAACAAUGAGCCCUGUGAACAAUGAGAAUUUUCGAAAUUUUAUCAAAAGUCUUCAAAACUUUGUUUGGGAUGCCGUCAGGACCUUGUGAUUUUGUUGUUUUAAUACGCCACAGCGCUGAAUAAACUUGUCCAGGAUUAACCAUAACAUAAUCUGGCACUUCAGUCUCUUCAAUCUGAUGACAGCGAGCCAAGGGUUCAAAGUCAGCAGUGAGACCAACUAAGAAGUCGUUAUAAGACUCAGCAAGGUCCGCACAAUUAGGGUUAUCAUCCGACAGCAGCUGAUGGUACCAAGACUGUUGAGAUGAUAAACCACCAAGGGAUUUGAUUUCUUUCCACCACCUUGCUGGUUUGUAUUCUUUAAAUUCUUGACCGACUAGUGGUAAAACCUUUUACGAGCAGUUUUAACUUAUUGCUGGACUUUAUUUCGCCAAUAUUUAUAAAUCUGAAGAAAAAAGUUCAAUCAUACCAUACAUGAUAACAUUAAAUUCAUUAUACUUUGCAUCGCAAUCGGAGAUUUCAAAAACUGGCGACCAAUCGAAAUUGGUUAUCCACUGUCCGAAGAACCUUAUAUUACUUUUCCGUAAAUCACCUUUCCAUACUCUGUCGUUAGAGGGAUUGGUUACAUGAUGUAAAUGACUCUUUACUAUAAUUGAGUUAUGGUCACUCGAACCAACCGGUGGUAAUUGAAUUAUCCGAAAGUUAAGAUGUUUCGUAUUUGUUAGGCACCAGUCCAAAAUAACCUCUCGUCGCAACGUUAAUAAUUUGGCGAAGACCAGAUAUCUGUUUAAUUCUAUUAGCAUUGAAGCCAGUACUUACUGGAUUAAAGUCACCACAUAUCAUAACAAGUGCUUCGGGGUGGUUCAGAAGAAAAAGGUCUACAUUGCCUUGAAUAUGAUUAUAAAGCUCGCAGUUUUCCGUUGCGUCACAGAAUAUUAUAUCACUGUCCAAAAACCUUUUCUCACUGAUUGUAGCCCUUACUGACGUAUAGGCAGCAGUCUAAAUGGGACAACGGACCCUUUUCUUUUUUUUUCAUUGUUGUCUAAUAAAUAAAGAUAUAUAAUUUUUACUAUUAUAGCGCUACGAUCACAUCGCGGUUGAGCCUCUUUUGUCUAUAAGCUACUAUAAGUAGCUAUACAGUUGGGUUCCGAGGGCAUGCUUCCUCGGCAAAUUCCAUUUUACAUUUAGAACUUCACAUUUUGGAAAUGGUAAUGGGACGCCUUGGGAUGGGCCCUGCCUCAAUCUAGUACAUUUUCGCGGCUUUAUACUGACUUUAUUAACGUGUAUUGAAUGAUUGAAAAUAAUUUACAUCUUAGCUGCAGUUAUUGGAAAAUAGGAAACAAUGCUUGGAUGACGAGAAAAUGGAGCUAUCUAUUGCACUUGACAGACAACGUCAUACAAAUGAAUCAAAGGUAAGAUAUUUAGUGCACGCAUGC